AUGGCCAUAGUGGUUAUUAUUUUACUUUGGAAGUACAUGGGGAAACAGAGCAGCUAUGGACAUUUGCCACCGGGUCCUUCACUGAUUCCUCUUCUUGGUAACUUGUUACAAAUUGAUAUGAAACGACCGGACAAGUCCUUCAUGGAGGUCAGUUAAAAGCCAAAAUCUGUUUGAUUUUCUCAAAGUCAAAGAUGGAGCUAUGGAUGCAAGCACUGCAGUCAUAGAUCAAUAUGAUAGUUUUAAUAAUUUGAAGCUACAGAAUACAUUGUUUGCAGGGUUGGGGAGUAACUGAUUACAUGUACUGUCAUCAGUUACAUGUUAUGUGAUUACAAAAAACUGUUACUGUUACCACCCAAAAUAUUGUAAUCAGAUUAGAGAUACUUUAGAAAAAUGAGUUGAUGUGUUAAUUACCCCCCCCCGAAAAAGCAAAAGUUUAAGUUUGUUCCACCUGAGUGAGUCUGAACACAAGUCAGUGUCACGUUCGUUGAAGAACGGGUCAGACCAAGGCGCAGCGUGAUAUGCGUACAUGUUUAUUGAACUUAACAAACAACACGACAAAACAACAAAGGAAACGAAACGUGAAGUCCAAGGUAGUACAGAACAACAAACCUUACACGGAACAAGAUCCCACAACUAGACAGUGCCAAUAGGCUGUUUAAGUAUUGUCCCCAAUCAGAGACAACGAGCGACAGCUGCCUCUGAUUGGGAACCACACCGGCCAACAAAGAACUAAACAUACUAGAUCGACAACAUAGGAAAAGCACAACAAGGAAUAUACACACCCUGACUCAACAUAUAAGCGUCCCCUGAGUCAGGGCGUGACAGUCAGAGAUUUUUUUAUAUUGCCUCAUAAGGGGAAAGUAAUCCAAAAGUAACUGAAAGUAAUCAGAUUAUGUUACUGAGUUUGGGUAUUCCAAAAGUUACGUGUAACACUCUGGCUCCGGGACUAAUGGAUUUGAGCCAGGGUGUAUUUGUUUUGUUGGGUAUUUGUUGUGGGGUUGGUUGUAAGGGUGUAUUCGGUUGGUUGUGUUUUGGGUGUGUUAAUUGUGGUGUCGUGUGACUCCCAAUCGGAGGUAACGAGUGUCAGCUGUCGGCUCGUUAUCUCUGAUUGGGAGCCAUAUUUAUCUGAAUGUUUUCCUGUGGGCAUUGUGGGUUUUUGUUCCUGUUUAGUCUUUGUCACUAUUGGACUUCACAUUCGUCGCUUUGGUUUGUUGUUUUUGGUUGCUUUAAGUAAUAAAGUCAACAUGUUCUUUUCACUCGCUGCGCCUUGGUCUCCUUCACUCCUCGACGAACGUGACAGAAAAACCCACCAAAGAAAGACCAAGCAGCGUGUCCAGGAGCAAGGAGACUGGACAUGGGAGGAGGCACCGGGCAAGGAGAUAGAGAGGCUGGCGAUGGCCCAGGUGGGCACAUCGUGGUCCUGGGAGGACAUGCUCGGAGGCAAGGGACCUUGGGGAAGGAUCAAGGCCCUGGCGAGAGAGGAGCAACGGCGGCAGCAGGGCCAUCGUCGGAGGGUCGUGAGUCAACCCCAGAAAAUUUUUAGGGGGGGGCACACGGCAUGGACGACGGGGCUGACGGAGGAGAAAAGGGGGAGUAUCCAGGAGGCCACCAGGCCAGGGGUACACCGCCCUGUAUGUCCUGUGCGGAUGCCUCACACAGAGUGUGUGAGGGUAGGCAUUCAGCCAGGACGGGUGGUGUCCGCUGUUCGCUCCAGGCCUCCUAUCCGUCUCCACAGCCCGGUCCGGCCUGUUCCUGCCACCCGCACCAAGUCUACGGUGUGCGUCGCCAGCCCGGUCCGGCCUGUUCCUGCCACCCGCACCAAGUCUACGGUGUGCGUCGCCAGCCCGGUCCGGCCUGUUCCUGCCACCCGCACCAAGUCUACGGUGCGCGUCGCCAGCCCGGUCCGGCCUGUUCCUGCCACCCGCACCAAGUCUACGGUGUGCGUCGCCAGCCCGGUCCGGCCUGUUCCUGCCACCCGCACCAAUUCUACGGUGCGCGUCGCCAGCCCGGUCCGGCCUGUUCCUGCCACCCGCACCAAGUCUACGGUGCGCGUCGCCCGGCCAGAGUCUGCCGUCUGCCCAACGGCGCCUGAACUGCCCGUCUGCCCAACGGCGCCUGAACUGCCCGUCUGCCCAACGGCGCCUGAACUGCCCGUCUGCCCAACGGCGCUUGAACUGCCCGUCUGCCCAACGGCGCCUGAACUGCCUGUCUGCCCAACGCCGUCUGAACUGUCCGUCUGCCAAGCACUGCAUAAGCCGCCCGUCUGCCAUGAGCCUUCAGAGCCGUCCGCAAGACCGGAGCCGCUAAAGCCUUCCGCCAGACAGGAUCAGCCAGAGCCUUCCGCCAGACAGGAUCAGCCAGAGCCUUCCGCCAGACAGGAUCAGCCAGAGCCUUCCGCCAGACAGGAUCAGUCAGAGCCUUCCGCCAGACAGGAUCAGCCAGAGCCUUCCGCCAGACAGGAUCAGCCAGAGCCUUCCGCCAGACCGGAUCAGCCAGAGCCUUCCGCCAGACAGGAUCAGCCAGAGCCUUCGGCCAGACAGGAUCAGCCAGAGCCUUCGGCCAGACAGGAUCAGCCAGAUCCGUCAGCCUGCCAUGAGCAGCCAGAUUCGUCAGCCAGCCAUGAGCAGCCAGAUCCGUCGGCCAGCCAUGAGCAGCCAGAUCCGUCGGCCAGCCAUGAGCAGCCAGAUCCGUCGGCCAGCCAUGAGCAGCCAGAUCCGUCGGCCAGCCAUGAGCAGCCAGAUCCGUCGGCCAGCCAUGAGCAGCCAGAUCCGUCAGCCAGCCAUGAGCAGCCAGAUCCUUCAGCCAGCCAUGAGCCGUUCAGCCAGGAUCCGCCAGAGCCGUCCAGCCAGGAUCCGCCAGAGCCAGCCAGCCAGGAUCCGCCAUUGAGUCCGGUGCUGUCCCUUAGCCCGGUGCUGCCCCUUAUCCUGGUGCUGCCCCUUAGUCCGGUACUGCCCCUUAGUCCGGUGCUGCCCCUUAGCCAGGUGCUGUCCCUUAGCCCGGUGCUGCCCCUAAAUCCAGGUGGAGUAAGUUGGAGGGUGGUCAUGUGGAGGAGGCUAGGGAAGCGGGUGGUGACUAAGGUGGGGUGGGGACCACGACCAGGGCCAGAACCGCCACCGUGGACAGACGCCCACCCAGACCCUCCCCGAGACUGUAUGCUGGUGCGCCCGGAGUGCGCACCUUUAGGGGGGGGUACUGUAACACUCUGGCUCCGGGACUAAUGGAUUUGAGCCAGGGUGUAUUUGUUUUGUUGGGUAUUUGUUGUGGGGUUGGUUGUAAGGGUGUAUUCGGUUGGUUGUGUUUUGGGUGUGUUAAUUGUGGUGUCGUGUGACUCCCAAUCGGAGGUAACGAGUGUCAGCUGUCGGCUCGUUAUCUCUGAUUGGGAGCCAUAUUUAUCUGAAUGUUUUCCUGUGGGCAUUGUGGGUUUUUGUUCCUGUUUAGUCUUUGUCACUAUUGGACUUCACAUUCGUCGCUUUGGUUUGUUGUUUUUGGUUGCUUUAAGUAAUAAAGUCAACAUGUUAUUUUCACUCGCUGCGCCUUGGUCUCCUUCACUCCUCGACGAACGUGACAUUACGUUACUGAUUAUAAUUUUGGACAGGUAACUAGCGACAUUUAGAAAGUAAUCUACCCAACCCUGAUCGUUUAGAGACAAUGGAAUAAAACAGCCUUAUUUGGGGUUAUGAGGGGAUAAGAAAGUUGUACUAAGUUCAUGAAGCAGUUAUAAGUUAUAUUCUUCAAGAAUCAAUGGGUUCCUCUCAUCUGUUAUCAGCUCAGUAAGAAAUAUGGCUCAGUGUUUACUGUGUGGCUGGGCCCCAAACCUGUAGUGGUGGUCUCUGGCUAUCAGGCCAUCAAGGAAGCUCUGGUAGACCAAGGAGAAGAGUUCAAUGGAAGAGCCAACCCUGCCAUUACCCUGAAACUCCUUAACGAACACGGUGAGUGAAAUGAAUGGAAGAGGGAUGGUGUGAGAUACAUGUGUCAUAGUCAAUCUGGGUGGAAAUGGACUUUGCUUAGAAGAGGGAACUAAUGUGUUAUGUUCAUCCUAUCUGUCUGUGCCUCUGUCCUGUUGUACUCAUCAAUCUAGGGGUGGGAUCAAGUAAUGGGCAGAGAUGGGAAACUCUUCGCAGCUUCUCCUUGAUGUCCCUGAAAAACCAAGGAAUAGGAUGCAGGAGCCUUGAGGAGAUAGUCCAAGAGGAAGCUAAGAGUCUAGUGAAAGCCUUCAGUGAAUAUGGAGGUAUGUUGUUUUUGUCUGUGACAUCUGUUUGUGUGUGUGCAUCACAGGCUGCUGAGGGGAGGACGGCUCAUAGUAAUGGCUGGAACAGACUUAAUGGAAUGGUAUCAAAGACAUGGAAACCAUGUGUUUGAUGUAUUUGAUACCAUUCCACUGAUUCCGCUCCAGCCAUUACCACGAGCCCGUCCUCCCCAAUUAAGGUGCCACCAACCUCCUGUGGUGUGCAGGCAUGAGUGUUUAUGCUUGUCUGCCGUCUCUUCCAGAUUCCACUGUCAACCCCAAAGAACUCCUGUUCCAUUCUAUCAUCAACCUAUUCUGGUCCAUAGUCUUUGGGCGCAGAUUUGAAUACAACGACCCAGAGUUUCAUAUCCUCUACAAGCCUGUCUAUACAUACUUCGACAUGCUAAAAAGCAAAGUGUCAAUGGUAUGGUAGCACAUACAGUGCCUUCAGAAAGUAUUCAUACUUCCUGACUUCUUCCACAUUUAGUUGUGUUACAGCCUGAAGACAUUAAAUAUCUUUUGAGCAUGGUGACGUUAUUAAUUACACUUUGGAUGGUGUAUCAGUACACCCAGUCACUACAAAGAUACAGGUGUCCUUCCUAACUCAGUUGCCGGAGAGGAAGGAAACCGCUUAGCGAUUUCACUUUUAAAAAAAAUUAUUGGUUGUAUUGAUACACAAUCUAAAGCCUAAUUAAUAACUUUCCAUGGUCAAGGAGAUAUUCAGUGUCUGUUUAUUUUUAUUUUUUAAAUCUACCAAUCGGUGCCCUUUUUUGCGAGGCAUUGGAAAAGCCCCCUGGUGUUUGUGGUUAAAUCUGUUCUUGAAAAACACUACUCAACUGAGAGACCUUACAGAUAAUUGUAUGUGUGGGUUACAGAGAUGGUGUAGUCAUUCAAAAAAUCAUGUUAACCCCUAUUAUUGUACAUGCAACUUAUUAUAUGAUUUGUUAGGCAAAUUUGGACUCCUGAACAUAAUAAGGCUUGCCAUAACAUAACUUGUAUAACCAAUACAUUUUAUUCUUUAUUUUUUAUUAAUAUGUAAAAAUGUAUAGAAUGUUCUUUUCACUUUGAGGUAUUUUGUGUAGAUCAGUGACAAAGAAAUCACAAUUAUACCUAUUUCAAUCCUACUUUGUAAUGCAACAAAAUGUGAAAUAAUCCAAGGGGGGUGAAUACUUAUGAUAUGCACUGUAUGCCUGAUAUUUAUCUAUACCAGCUUUUCCAAAGCAUGGCUUGAUUGUGUCUUAUAAGCUUGCCUGCCAAAAUGGAUAAUGAUAACAAAAGUACAUGGGUCACCAUUAGAAUAUAACAACCAUCCUUUCCUUCCCAUGUUUCCUAUGUUCCGCCUCUUCCAGCUGUACAACAUUUCCCCCAGAAUUGUUGAGUGCUUUCCAGGAAAACACCAUGAGCUGUUUAAGGCCAUAGACAAGGCCAAAGCUUACAUACGAGAGGAAGCAGAUCGUCGUCUUAAAAGCCUGGACACCUCUAACCCCCAGGACUACUUCGAUGUAUUCCUGGUUAGAAUGCUGGAGGUAAAACAGUGAUUGAUUCCUGGAAUUGGAUGUUGAACCUCUUACGUUAUCAAAAUAAUGUAAUAGCACCAACUUGCCACCAGAAGGCACUGUUUUCCUAAAUAUAUGAUAAAUGAUUACUUGGGUUCGAAUCUUUUUGCAAAAGUUAACUUUCUCAUAAACUUUCUCACAAAUCUCUUAUCAGUGUAUGGUUUAGAGGUAUCUUCCAACUUUCCUUAGGAGAAAGAUCAGCCCGGGACUGAAUUCAACUAUGACAACUUGUUUCCGUGUGUGUGGGAUCUGUUUGCUGCCGGCACAGAGACCCAGUCCUCCACCCUGUCACACGCCUGUCUGAUGAUGAUCAAGUACCCUGACAUCCAAGGUAUCCUCUCUUCUAUAUCACUGUUAUUGAAGUUAUACUCAUUUAUUGCAAAUAUAUAGCAAAUAGUAAUGCAACCCAAUUUAAUGGGCCAGUUUCCAGGACGCAGAUUAAACCUAUUCCUGGACUAAAAAGCACUAUAAUGAAUGGAGAUUACCUAUUGAACAUUUGAAUUUGGGUCUGGAAAACCAGCCAAACAAGAGCUGCAACAGAGAGUUUACAUUACAUACCAUGUAAGCAGCACAUACAUGCUGGCAUUUCUUUAUUCUCAAUACACUAUAAACACUGUAUAUAAACAUAAAUGACAGAAUGCAAAUGCUAUGAAGGUCUAUGACUGUGUCUCUCUUCCUCAGAGAAAGUUCAAGAGGAGAUAGACGAGGUGAUUGGCUCGAACAGAGUCCCCACCGUUGACGACAGACAUAAGAUGCCCUACACGAAUGCUGUCAUCCACGAAAUCCAGAGAAGUAUGAGUCUUGCUCCCACUGCUGUCCCUCACCAAAUGACCCGAGACACAACGUUCCACAACUACCACAUCCCAAAGGUGACCACUAUUUCUGCAAAUGUAUCCCAAACGUCUAUUAUUUUUGCUUGUUAAACUGCCAAUUGUUUUAUGUAAGUGCUCUUUUGUUAUUCUUCCAGGGUACCACAGUGUUUCCACUGUUGUCCUCUGUGCUGUUUGACCCCAAACUGUUUAAGAACCCAGAUGAGUUUGACCCAGAGAACUUCCUGGAUGAAAAUGGACGCUUUAAGGAAAACAACGGAUUUCUUGCUUUUGGACUGGGUAAGAUUACGUUACAAGUGGCUAAUAAAAGAAUGAGAAUGUGAAAACAAGAACCACGCCGUAGUAGCUCUCAGAGAAAAAGCCUCAACAUCAUCACACAAUAUAGUUACACAUUGCUUACAUCUUGUUUUAUAUGUUUUGCAUAUCAAACAAGGCCAAUGUGUAGGUUUCAGUCCCAGGAUUGCAGGUUGACUGCUGAAGGUAACCUCUCUCCUCUCCCACUGUCCCUCAGGGAAGCGGUCCUGCCUGGGAGAUGGAAUGGGGAUUCCCAGGAUGGUACUCUUCCUGUUCUUUAUUUCCCUUCUUCAGCGCUUCACCUUCAGGGGCACCAAACCUCCGGAGGAAAUUGACGCCAGUGUAGUAUCCUACUUCGUUGGUCGCCUGGCGCGCCCCUACACCUGCUAUGUCAAACUCAGGACACCAAAUAUUUAA